CCCUUGUUAAAAUCUGAACUGCCAGUUUCACUUCACUCAGCAGAUUUCUUGAGGACAAAUUUCUCCUGUUUUAAGCAAAGAAGCGAUUCUUUUUCACUUUUAUUUCAAGAAAUCAUACCAUAAGUACUCGUUAUUCUUCCUUUUUAUUGAAUAAUCUUUGUGCGGUUCUUUUUCUUUUACGUUAUUUUUGGUGUUUUUGUGAAUGCUGAGGAUUAGGUGAAUGUUUUUGGUAUUUUGGUUUAUGGGUUUGAUCUAUGAUUGAUUGUACACUACGGAAGUCCUGACAGUUCAAAAAUGGCGGGUGAAAUUGAAGAGCCUUUCAGGCUUAAUUUUCAGGCAGAUACUCUACAUUCUGGCUCUAUCUCAUUUGGAAGGUUUGAAACAGAAACUCUUUGUUGGGAGCGGAGGUCAUCCUUCUCUCACAACAAAUAUUUGGAAGAGGUAGAAAAAUACUCAAAACGGGGUUCAGUUACGGAAAAAAAGGCUUACUUUGAGGCUCAUUUUAGAAAGAGGGGACUUCUGGGUCAGAGAUCAUCUGAGUGCCAGAAUGGGACAGAAUAUCAAUGCAGUGAAAACAUCAUCUCAGAAAACGCGGGUUAUGAUGAGCAACACAAGCACAAGGAUGGGGCCAACUGUUCUGCACAUUUUGAUCAGAGUUCACACGGUUCAGUACAUGACAGAGAGCAUGAAAUUCCUGAAUCCAAAUCUGAAAGAGGAGAGCUUGCUACAUCAUUUUAUGAACUUAAGGUUGAAUCUGCAUCUGAUACCAACAGUGCAGACUUUGUUACUGAACAUGAAAAGACAGAAGAAGCAAAUCACGCUGAAUUUGGCAAGUUACUGCCAACCAAUUCUUUCUCAGAUGCUGAAAUAGAACAGAUUGUUCAGGAAGAAGGAUCCAGUUUGGAUACAAGGCAUAUGACGACAGCGGACAUUGAAUUGCAUCCUAUUAAUCAUGUUGCUGAGGUAAAUAUUGGUGCUAGACCAGAAAACCAACAAGGCCACUCAGGCCUGUAUAUUGAGGGGAGGAUUGCAUCGGAAAUCAAACAUGGGAAGCCAAGAUCAUCUCAAGUUAGUGUUGCACACAAGAAGAGAAGUAUGAUUAGUGAGGCUUAUAAAGGUUCUGGAACAAAACCUAGAGUAAAAGUCAAUGAUACUCCAGUAAGAUCCAAGGCAGAAAAGAAGACUUCACAUGCGGUUACUCAGAACAAGUGUUCAAUGCACCAAUUGCCCAAAUAUGAGGUUUUACCAGGUUCAAAGGCAAAAGUUUGCCCAGAGAUAAAAAGCACUAAGAAAGAAUCAGGAAUCCAGAAAGUUUCAGUGUCCCAGCCUUUGUCAUUGAAGAAGACUGCCACUACUGCAUGUCAAAGUGCAAACAGGCUCUCACAAGCCACACGUUUAACACCAGGCAUGAGGCAGAGUGUCUCUGAUUUCAAUUCCAGAAGUGGUGAAUGUGCAGAGAGAAGGAAACAGUAUCAUAUGAAGUUAGAAGGGAAAGCGCAUGCAAGAGAGAAUGAAAUUGACCAACUUCAAGCAAAAUUUCAGGAAAAGGAGAGAGCAGAAAUUAAAGAGAUGAGAAGAAGCCUCAACUUCAAAGCCUCACCUAUGCCUUCCUUCUAUCAUAGAACUGGGCAAGAGUCAGAUAGUAGCAAGGCCGUAUCAAGUAUCAAUGAAACAAGCACACAAAGGACUAAAUCUUCAAGUUCCAGUUUCAGAAUUUCUGAAAGAUCUUCAUCAAGUUCAAGCAAAGGGACUAAUCAAGCCCUUUCCAUCAGCAAACCUCUAAAGUCGCCAUUCGUCUCAGGAGCAACCAGCUGCCAUUCAACAGUCACUUCUGAUAGCAAACCAUCAUCUCCAGCAUCUCUGGAAGGAGAAACGAGCAAUAAUCAUCCAAUACAAGCUGCAGAAAACAAUACAGUAGGUAGGAUGAAACAGCAAGAGAAAGAGAAGCAUAUAAACAUUCGGAGCCAUAAAGUGCCAAAAGGUAACAAGAUUUAUGAAGGUCCAAAAGUUGAUGGGAAGCAGAAGCCCAAAAAUGGGAGGCAUAGCUGUACUUCAGUGUACGGUAGUUCAAGAACUGGUCGUCUGGCAGUUGGUGUUGCCACGUGAAUGUGAUUUCCUUCUCCGUACAAGCAUGUUUCCUUGUGGUUGGCCCAGCAUCAAACUGUAUCCGUGUUCCUUUACGAGGUUGUACGAUGCAAUUUUUUAUUACGGGAAGUUAGUUUUCCCCACUGAAUAAGUUGUAUGGGAUGUAAAGUUUAGUUCGAUAGUUAUUAAUAACUAAGCAUAUCGUUUGAGAACUCAAAUGUUCGUCCUAAAUUAUCUUGAGACCGCAAUGUGACACUGAAUUAACUUAAGUUCAUGAAAUUAUCAGAUUACUACCUUAUUUGGCUU